CCUUCGGACCCGAUAAAAAAAAAACCUGUUUUCUUCGACAAAAUUCCACAGUAUUCCGGACAUCUGUGUUGGUGAAUCUUUUGCAAUUUGUUCAAUUAACAAUGGAGACUACAAAAAAGAAAGCUGUAAGUGGAAAGCGGUGUGCUGCUGCGGGAUGUAGCAACACAAAGACGAACACAACCGGCGUUGCAUUGUUUUUAUUCCCAAAAGAUGGCGGCCAAGCUUUACUAUGGAACAAAGAAGUCAAGCGAAAACGGUUGGAUUGGACCACACACACAAAGUACAGUGCAUUAUGCAGCGAACAUUUCGAACGAUCAUGUUUCGAAGAGGGUCCCUUGCAAAGGGCAGCGAUGGGCAUCGCCACCACCCGUCGACUCGUGUUGAAGAAAGGCGCGAAGCCAACUAUUUUCAACAGACCACGGUCAGGAUUAAGUGCAAGUUCGACAAGUUCCGAGCACCCCACACCCUCCACAAGUGGACAGACUGUGCGCAUGAGGUCUGCAUUUGCCAAAAGGGAAAGGAAGAGGGCAAUAGAUCAGAUCAUGGCCAGUACGACUACGGCAUCAGUGGUGGAUGAACCAAUGGCACUAGAUUUGCCUGAUGAGGAGGGCGAUCAAAAUCAGGGAAAUACAAGAGAACAAGGAUGCCAGACGGACAGGGUACCGAUUGGGACAGGAAUGACCAGUAGCAAGAGCAUCCAAACAGGGAGAAUACCUCAUAGAUCAAAGGGACACCAGGUGACCCCAGAGAUCCUCGAGAGGGUUAGAGCUCGGCUGGCCAGGGUUAGAGAAGUCCCAUCGUCAAGUGUAGCAGCUCCAUCUGACAGCCCCGCGAUGCAGACUAACAUAGCAACUCCAGGUGCGUCUGGAAUGAAAGCCAAGCUACGACCACCUCCUGCAUUGUUUGAUGAAGGACCAGCAUCAAGUCCCACUGCGCCUUUUGUUAGUGGUUCUUCCGAUGACAGCUACGUGCCGAGUGAGUCAUCGACAUCGGAUCCGUGUCAAUCUGACGGGUUGCCAGAUCGCCCACGUACUCACCAGAUGCGUGAAGAGGGCUGCCACAAGGAAGCGAAGUACAUCAUCUUUGAUUCGUGCCUCCAGAGUCUCAUCAAGUGGUGUCACUGUCCAGUCUGUGGCAGCCAGGACAUAAGCCCUUCUUGGGAUUCGAACGGUGCACAGCUGACCAUGACUCUUCAAUGUGCAUCAUGUGACUAGAGGAGUAGUUGGAGCAGCCAGCCAAACUGCAAGUGCUGAACAGCAUCGGAGUGGUCACUUAUGUGAAGAGAACAUUUUUAUUCCGGUGACCAUGGAUGAAGUGCUGGCUGUCCAGAGUUGGGACCCGGGUUGGACCGCACGCCUGUGCAUCGGUUGGGGACAUCUCUGCGCUGCUGACCCGUCUUCGCUCGGGACCCGUCUGAAUCGCUUCCAAUCCCCACUAGUCCUUCACUUGCACUUUCCUCAUCCACAAAUCUUUCAUCCUCGCUCUAAUUAAUGGGGAAAUCGUCGCUUUCUCGGUCAGAAUCGCUCUCACUUCUGGCGGCCAUCAUUGAAAAUAAUAGGAAAGACUCAGCAGCCCCAACUCUUGUGACGUCACGCUACUUCCGGUAGGGGCAAGGUUUUUUUUUUUAUCAGAGACCAAAAGUUGCGAACUUUAUCGACGUUGUUCUAUACUAAAUCCUUUCAGCAAAAAUAUGGCAAUAUCGCAAAAUGAUCAAGUAUGACACAUAGAAUGGAUCUGCUAUCCCCGUUUAAAUUUUAAAAAAUGUCAUUUCAGUAGGCCUUUAAUGUUCUGACCAAAAUGAUCUAUUACCAUAAAAGGAAACGUUUGUAUAAUAGACAUUUGUGUCGUAUCUGAGGCAUUUGUAAUGUUAUUAUUCCGCUAUAACAGAAUGUUAGCUGGUUUAGCACAGCCAUAAAAUGUAUUUAUUGGUCUUCUACCCCAAAACGAACCAGUCAUUGUUUUGGAUUGUCAAUGAUUAAUAGUGCAUAAUAUUUAUAAUAUAUUUAAAUAUUUUUGCUGACGGAUGGGAUUUAUGGCACUUUGUAGGGAGCCGGAUCUUGAGGAGCCUUUCCUUUCAAAAGUUUUUGUUUUUAUUUUCCUUUUUAAUGUUUUAAUCAAGGAAACAAUCACUAGUAUCAGCUUAUCUUAUCUCAGAUAAGAUGUAGAUCAGAAUAAUGUAAUUUAUACAAAUAUUUGGUGGGAAUUAUUCCGAAAUAUUGGCUAUCAUUUAUUUUUUGGUGUGUUUUGAUUGUAAACGUUCCAUAAGAUGGGGCCAUAUUUCCAUGUAUUGUCAACGGCAUUACUAGUUUGAAUUUUCUCUCACCUAAAACAAUUUGCAUAAAAAAAUACACACAUAAUAAGUAAAAAUACAAUGCAUUGAUGGGUUAAAUGAUUAUGAAUACACCUAAAACAAAAACAUAGGACAUACUAAAAAUGUGACUACACAACGUGUACGCUUGAACUACUAUCCUUAGAAUAAUGAACCCAAAAAGUGAAUCCAAAUAAAAAUAAAUAAAAUAUUAAUUACAUACAAUAAAAUAAUGAUAAUAUUUAAAAAGAAUUUAUACUUAUAUAUUUUUAUGUGUAAAGUUAAUAAAAUGCUGCUAAGUUUCCUUAAACUGUGACUCAGUCCCCGUUUACACUAAGCCGCAUAAGGUUAUCCAGGGUCAAUGCCACCUAACCUUAUCCGUGUCCACACACAACAAUGCCACCGUUUGAGACCCCCGCCCCCCUCCGUCCACCUGAGCGUCCAUCUGCUCCAAUCUCCCCAGUAGAUGACUUUACUUCACUGUGAAGUUAUUUAAAAGAGCUAUGUUGUAAACCGUUUGCUGUGCAUUUUAUAUUUGUUUGCUGUGUUGUGUGUGCAAGUUUUUAAAUUAAAAUGUAUCUCCU